AUGGACUGGAUCUACGGCAUAGUACAGUUUGUUAAGUCCAGACUCCAUGAAAUGCCCGAAGAUCAGGAACAGAUAGAGGGAGACGCACUGUAUAAAAUCGUACAAAGAUGUUUUGACGAGCCUCUUUCGGUCGAGAAGGACUUAAAGACCAUCGAAAUCAAGGUUUCUCCCAUUCUAGUUGAUAAUCUCACGAACAUUCAACGACGCCAAUGUUUAUCUCUUGUUGACAAGAAUUUAGGUGAUACAAUGAACCGUGUUUAUGGAAAAGACUGGAAAUUGGACAAGGUGGAAGAGAUGCGUGACCCUGGCUUGGUGUAUCUGCUACUUCAUCACGACACAGAGUUUGUGGGGUUCGUUUCCAUCAAAGCAGUCGAAGACAAUGAAAUUCAUGUCCUGUACAUCUAUGAGCUACAAAUUGUAAAGAACUAUCGACGCAUGGGACUCGGUUCAAAGCUACUCGGCAUAUUAGACCAGAUCGUUGGACUAGUCAAUUCGGAUCCUGUCUACACCACAAGAUUUGGCAAGCUGGAAGGGCUCUCACUCACAGUCUUCAGCAGCAACGAAGGAGCCAAAAAGUUGUAUUUUUCAAAAGGUUACGAAAUCGCAUCGCAUUCACCUGCAGUCAGACAUUUGCGAAACCGGAAAAUUCAGCCCGAUUAUUUUAUCUUGGUGAAAAAGAGUUUUUAG